AUGCAUGUUACUAAUGAAAAUAAGGAUGAUCAGAUUUUCUGGCUGACAAACAAAACAGGGCAGCCUACUGUCAAGUCUAUAUAUAAUCAGCCGACGAUGGAAAAAAAUCUUAAUAGCUCUGUUAACAACAAUGAAAAAUUCUGGAAAAGGCUAUGGAAGUGUGAUAUGAUCCCAAAGUGGAAAAUCUUUGUUUGGAGAAUAUUAAAUAAAGCUAUUGCAACCAGAAGCAGGAUUCGCAGAAGAGGUGUGAUGGUGGAAGAAAGUUGCGUCCUCUGUAAAGAAUCACAAGAAAAUGAUAAUCAUUUAUUCAGAGACUGUACAAUUACUUGCCAUGUUUGGAAGGUUUCUCAAUUGGGGAUUAGUGCUUGUGCAAAUCGACAUGUUGAUGUUGCUGAAUGGAUAAAAAAAUUUAUGGUUUUCUUUUGGAAUGAAGAUGGUUAUGAUAGCCCUCGUGUCAGAAUGUUUGUGACAGUGCUUUGGUCAAUAUGGAUACAUAGAAAUGAAGUAAUCUUCAAGAAAGUUGAUACUAAUCCCAAUUCAGUCAUGUACAUUAUUGAGAAGCAAAUAAAGCAAGCAGAGAAGGCUAUAGACUUGAAGCAUUGGCAGAAGAUUAAGAGUCAAAGACAAGAAGAAGGGAGUAUGGAAUAUGUUCUUAAAGGCUAUAGACUUUUUGUUGCAGGAACGUGGAAGAAAACCAGAAAAAAGAAUUAUGGUGAGGCAGCAAUAGGAUGGUGUAUUAUGGCAAAUAACAAUUUGAUUGCUGAAGAUGGGCAAAAGGUAAAUGCGCUGGAUGGAUGUCAAGCAGAAACAAAGGCUAUCCUCUAUGGAAUACAAGGAGCAUGUCAGAUGCAGAUUCGGAGUAUAAAGAUUUAUACAAGUUCUAUGGAGGCCUUUAAAGCAUUAAAGAACUAUCCAACCUGCAGGAUGGAUCUUAUCACAAUCUGUGGGGAUAUAAUUAGAGCUUCAGGAGGCAUGGAUGUUUGUAGAAUUGAAAAGUGUAAAAAAGAAAAGACAAUGAAAGCCAAAAGCAUAGCUAUAGGAUUUAGGAGGAAUAGAUGUACUUAG